AGUGAGACUAAGAGCCAGACCUUCUCCCCACGUGCCCUAGUCUGUUCAGACUCAGAACGUUCCCUUACCAUGGACACUGUUCUCAGUAGAGGUCACCCUGGGACAAGGGCACUGAGGAAAUAGCCCAGACCCAGGUGUGUGGGAAGAUGAUGCAGGCCAGGCUGACCCUGCUGCUCAGUCCAGCAGCCCCCGCACGAUGCCCCCAGGUACAUCCAGAACCCACUGCUGCUGGAUGGGAAGAAGUUUGACGUGCGCUCUUACCUGCUCAUCGCCUGCACCGUGCCCUACAUGGUCUUCUUUGGCCACGGUUAUGCCCGCCUCACCCUCAGCCUCUACGACCCCCAUUCCAGAGACCUCAGUGGCCACUUGACCAACCAGUUCAUGCAGAAGAAGAGCCCCCUGUACGUGCUGCUUAAAGAGGACACAGUGUGGAGCAUGGACCACCUCAACAGCUACAUCAACGACAAGUUCAGAAAAACCAAGGGCCUCCCCAGAGACUGGGUCUUCACCACUUUCACGGUCUGUCUACUGCUGCACCCACUCCAGCCUGGGGGGCAGAGGGGCGGGAGCAUCCAGGUCAGGAGCCAAGAGUUGAGACCCCUCAGG